AUCCUGUGUUUAUUUAGGUAUAAUCUCACAUGCAAGGCUUUAAAAACCGAGUGUUGUACUAUACGAACAAAAAACACAACCACGUGAAACUCUGCAGUGACUAACCAAUCAGCAAGCAGGAUGUCACAUACGCAUCAUGUGUGAAGUGCUCUUCUCAUUGGUCAUGAAAAGGACAGAUUGUGCCGUUGCAUCGUUUGAAUUUUCGGAGUGCUACGUCUUCUGUUUCGGUGUCAAAGUUGAAUGAGGUUACAUCCAAUGUGCCUUGCAGAAGGUGACUAUCACCUGCUCAGUCACUAGAAGGGCUUUCAGGACCUUAAAACGUGACACAUUCGUGCGCGUAAUGCGUAAAAACGCUCCGCCAGGCCGACGGAAGGGCACUGCUCCCCAAAAGAGAUCCCCCCCUGCCCCUCCACCACGGACGCGACGUAGUAGCGGACCAACAGAGGGCUCUCCCAGGAAGAAGAAGCGGUUCAGGCCAGGAACACGGGCCCUGCAGGAGAUCCGGAAGUAUCAGAAGUCCACCGACCUCCUGCUUCGCAAGGCGCCCUUCUCACGUCUGGUGAGGGAGAUCUGCUUGAGUUUCAGUAGAGAAAGCUACAGGUGGCAAGCAUACGCUCUUCUGGCUCUUCAAGAGGCAGCCGAAGCGUUUCUGGUGCGUCUCUUCUCCGAUGCUAACCUGUGUGCCAUCCAUGCCAAGCGAGUGACCCUCUUCCCCCGAGACCUGCAGCUGGUGCGCCGCAUCCGAGGGGUGGAGCGACUCUGAGGGGGCAGAUGCCAGCCUGAGGGGGCAGAUGCCAGCCUGACCCGGCAACUUAAUAUAACUUUGGUAGCACAUCCAGCUGAUGAUGGCUGUACUGCAUCCAGUUCAGUUCUGUAUAAAAUGUAAUAUAACUUGGGUAGCACAUCCAGCUGAUAAUGGCUGAAGUGCAUCCAGUUCUGAUCUAGCCUGGACUUAACGGAACCAUGCUAGAUCUGACCUAGAACCGUUCCACAGUCAAUUGCUCUGUCCGGGAACACAUGUAGCUGCAGGGACUGCUUAUGGCUGCAUGAUCAGUGCACAGUCAGACUGGGGAUUGUUUUAUAUAUGUAUUUUAUUAUUUUUUAUAUAAUGUUCUCUGGAGUUUUAAAGCUGUAAAUGAAUUGUGUGUGUGUGUACCGUAUUCUUCAGUUAUGAUGUUGGUGGUCAUAAGUCACGCUUUAGAGCUGAAUGAUCAGCACAGUCAGACUGUGGAGCCACAUGUUGUGUUUUUCUUUUCUUUUUUUUUCAUAUGUGUGUAAUACUCAUGUUGUUUGUAUCAAUAAAUUGUGAUACUUUUAU